AUGGCUCCUGUUGCUAUUGACCCUCGCAUUGUAGAUGUUGCACCGCCCAAGAAGGACACUCUUGGUCUUCCUGGGCCUGCGCGAGCUCGCCUGGAAAAAGCAGGAAUUGACCUGAGCGAGGGUUAUCCUUAUAGACCGUCGCGCCCUCUUUACCUUGACGAUGUCUACAAGAUCAGAAAUCAGGAUCGCGACCAUGUAGAUCCAGGCACCCGCGCCGACCCCGAAAAGAAAGCGCUUCUGUCUGAAGCAAAAGAAGUGAUACACCUUACCCGACAUAUUGGCACAGAAAUUGUUGGUCUUCAGCUCAAAGACUUGACAGAUCAGCAGAAGGACGAGCUUGGUCUGCUCAUCGCAGAGCGAAGCGUGGUCUUCUUCCGCAAUCAGGAUAUUUCUCCACAGCAACAGAAAGCCCUUGGAGAGUACUUUGGCGAGGUCGAAGUCCACCCACAAGUGCCUCAGGUUCCCGGCGUUCCCGGAGUGAGUGUGAUUUGGCCUGCACUCCAAGCAACAGAGAAUCCAGCAAGCUUCCGUCGACCAGGAGGGGCGUCUCGGUGGCAUACCGAUCUCGUUCACGAGAAGCAGCCUGCUGGAGUGACACAUCUCCAUAAUGAUACUGUCCCGACAGUCGGAGGAGACACUCUUUGGGCGAGCGGAUACGCUGCAUAUGAGAAGCUCUCGCCAUCUUUCCGCAAGUUCAUUGAUGGGAAGACCGCCAUCUACCGCUCUGCGCAUCCCUAUCUCGAUCGUGGGAAUCCCGAAGCCGGGCCACAAUAUGUUGAACGCGAACAUCCCAUUGUACGUGUCCACCCAGCUACGGGGUGGAAGGCACUCUGGGUGAACCGAGCUAUGACAAGUCGGAUUGUCGGUCUGGAUAAGGCAGAGAGUGAUCUGAUUUUGGGAUACCUGUAUGAUGUGUAUGAGAAGAAUCCUGACAUCCAAGUGCGAUUCAAAUGGAGCCCGCGAACUAGUGUACUGUGGGAUAACAGAAUUACCAUUCAUAACGCAAGCUGGGAUUAUGAGGGCUCGCAGCCUAGGCAUGGAACUCGGGUGACCUCUUUAGCAGAGAAGCCCGUCUUCGAUGCAAAUGCGCCCACUCGACGAGAAGCCUUGGGACUGUUGGGACCUGAGGAAAUCGAGGAGCUCCAGAAGUUUGGCCAGCUACAGAUCAAGUGA